AUAUUUCCGGUUUAUUAUAAAUCUCAGACUUGUAUCUCUGCUACUUCUAGGGUUUACAUUUUUAAAUCCUCAACUCAGUAAUCUAUACAAAUUCAGUUACCACAUUUCGAAAUGUAUAGUGGUUCAAGUGACGGCGAAGGUCACGAUGCAUCAUCGGUGGCUUCCCGGAAGAUACCGCCGGCGUCUUCCAUGCUUUGGGUCCGUAAUCUCCGCCGUUACAUCGGAUCCGGUGCCGGUCUUGGUUCCGAAGCUCUAAUGGAGCUUGAAACAAAAAGAAUCUUGCUUGAUAUAUUUAAAGAGAAGCAACAAAAGAGUGCUGAAGCUGGCACAAUCCCAAGUUUCUACAAGAAGAAACCCGAGGAAGGUUCUAUCAGCCGUAGAGUUCAAAUCUUGGCGAAAUAUCGUUUUCUAAAGAAGCAAUCUGAUAAUUUGCUAAAUGCUGAUGAUCUGGAUGCCAUGUGGGUAUGCCUAAGAGAAAAUUGUGUUAUUGAUGAUGCAACCGGUGCAGAGAAGAUGAACUAUGAAGACUUCUGCCACAUUGCCUCUGUAUGUACAGAACAGAUAGGCCCAAAAUGCCGUCGCUUUUUUAGCCCUUCAAAUUUUAUGAAGUUUGAAAAGGAUGAAUCAGGAAGAAUUGCCAUUCUGCCUUUUUAUCUGUAUGUAAUGCGCACGGUUUCUCUUACUCAGGCCAGAAUUGAUAUGAGUGAGCUUGACGAGGAUUCUGAUGGUUUCCUACUACCUGCUGAGAUGGAAGCUUACAUUCGAGGUCUUAUUCCUAAUUUGGCUCAACUACGCGGCAUGACUGAAAACUUCAUUGCAAUGUAUACCCGCAUAGCUGCACAAAAGUUCUUCUUCUUUUGUGAUCCCAAUAGACGAGGUAAGGCAUGCAUAAAGAAGGUGCUCCUUAGUAACUGUCUCCAAGAACUAAUGGAAUUGCACCAGGAAAGCGAGGAAGAAGCUACUGAUACCGAACAGGCUGAAAAUUGGUUUUCACUAACAUCUGCUCAGCGUAUAUGCGAUAUGUUUAUUGCACUUGAUAAAGAUCAAAAUGGUACACUGAGCAAGCAGGAACUUCGAGAAUAUGCAGAUGGGACACUCACAGAUAUUUUUAUUGAGAGGGCUUUUGAUGAACAUGUCACGACCCGUCGUGGUAAAAAUGGAAAUGGGAGCGGUCGGGAGAUGGACUUCGAUAGUUUUCUUGACUUUGUUUUAGCCCUGGAGAACAAAGAUACUCCAGAGGGUAUAACAUAUUUGUUUAGAUGUCUAGAUCUUCAUGGAAGAGGGUUUCUCACAACAGCUGAUAUUCACACACUCUUCAGAGAUGUGCACCAGAAAUGGAUCGAGGGUGGAAAUUAUGAAUUAUGCAUAGAGGAUGUUCGUGAUGAAAUCUGGGAUAUGGUGAAGCCGGCUGAUCCUCUGAGGAUCACACUUUCAGAUUUGUUAUCCUGCAAACAGGGUGGAACUGUUGCCAGCAUGCUUAUAGAUGUACGUGGUUUCUGGGCCCAUGACAACCGAGAAAAUCUUCUACAAGAAGAGGAGGAACCAGAAGAAGAAUAGAGAAUUGGGGAUAUAUGCUUAUGCCACACCGAUAACAUUACAUAUUAUUGACAUCAUGAUACUGCUUUUCAAGAGUAAUGUGUGUAUCUUAUGUAAAGAUAGAUAUAACUCUGUAACUUGUAGUGCUUACCCAAUUGGAAACUGUAUUACAGUUUGUUUUAGCUCCAUAGAAAUUUCAAAUUGUAUUUCUAAUAAAUAUUAUAUAUUUGUUUGCAA